GCCAGCCUUGCGGUUGCAUUUUACUUGUAACGUUUCAGUGGAGGAAACAGGGCAGAAGCGGCGGUGCCUGGAACUGAUUAGUUUUUGGAGAAACCAGUGUCAGACACACCGUCUCACACAUCACAGCUCCUAAACCCAGAGUCCAGCAUGUCUUUGACCGACACCAUAAGGCUGUGGGAUGAAGCGAUCACGGCAGCAGACCAGCAAGAAUGGACCACAGCGCUGGAUACUUUCGCUGCAAUUCGGGAGCCCAGCUCCAAAAUCUGCUUCAAUAUCGGCUCCCUGCACCUCUUACUGGGCCAGCUGAACGAGGCUGAGAAGGCAUUUGAUAAGAGUAUCUGCAGGGAUGAGCAUUUGGCAGUGGCUUUCUUUCAACGAGGGAUAACUUUCUACAAACGUGAAAAGUAUGAAGAGGCCUCGAGGGACUUUAUAGAAGCGUUUAAUCUACUGAGAGGCAAUCAGUUAAUUGACUACAAGCAGCUGGGCCUAAGGUACAAGCUGGGCGCUUGUCAAGUGCUUCACAAUUUAGCACUGGCACAUGCUAUGUUACAGGAGUGGGACAAAGCGGAAAAGGUUAUGAAGAAAGCCUUAACUUUUAAAACGGAAGCCAAGCACAAUUUUGUGGAUCAAGCUCUGGAAGCUGUUUUGAAGCGAGAGCUGUUUGAGCUCCUUCAGUUUCCAGUCGGGGAAUUCUUCAGACCAAAGAAAAAAGUAGUGGCUCAGCUGGAAAAGCAGGACUUCCUGGGAGAGGCCAAGGUGGUCGCAUCAGUCAUCGACAAAGAUGCAUUCUCAGGUUUUGCUCCCUUGCAGCCUCCGGCACCAGAACCUGUUCCACAAAAGAAAGCACCAGAAAAAUUCAGGACACUGGAGGGUAAACCUUACCGUGUGUUAUUUAACUUCAUCCCAAAUAAUGAAAUGGAGCUGGAAUUGCCAUCAGGAAAUAUAGUCUUCCUGCUGGAGCAAGGGCAGGACAACUGGGCCACAGUCAUGUUUAACGACAAGACUGGGUUAGUUCCCUACAAUUAUCUGGAGCCACUGGAAUCGACAAAGGCUGAAAGAUCACCAUCUCCUGAUAUCCCUGCACCACCCAGGACAACAGCUCCUGACAGACCACCCAGUGUGAAAGAUCAAAAUUUACCCAGCAUAACCAGCCCACAGGUGAUAGAACCUUCAAAGAAGAUUCAGCGCAAGAAUCACCCUAUGCCCAAAACAUGUAUUGUCAAAAUACACUUCAAAUAUACAGUGGCUAUACGUGCAAAACCAGGGUUGUUGCUCAAUGAGUUGCUGGCUGUCGUCGGUCGGAAGUUCGAUCUGUCUGAAAAGAGAAUUGAGCUGAGUUACAAAUCACAAGCUGAGGGUAAGCUUAUUCCCAUUACCAGCGAAACCAAAAUGAAGAAAAUGUGGAGUGAAGUCAGUAAUCAGCGUUUGGUCAUUUGGUGCAAGUUUCUGGAGGUGGUAGCAUUAUAUGACUAUAAGGUCUCAUCCCCUGUUGAUCUGAGUUUUCAAGAAGGAGAUGUCAUCCAAGUCUUAGCACAAGUAAAUGACAACUGGCUGGAAGGACAGUGUAAAGGAAACACCGGAAUUUUCCCAGUAACCUUCAUCAAAGAAUUAAACAUGGCUGAACUUGCAAAUCCAUGAAUAUAUCAUGCAAGCAUUUAAUUUUUGAAGUGGUCUUUUUCUCCCAGAAUAUCAACAAUUGAAAAUAUAGUUUGCAGCAUGAAUAUUUUAUCCUCUCAAGUAGGUCAGCGAGCACCUUGAAUUUGGAUUUGUUUGCUCAAAAAAAAAAGGAAAAACGUUUCCUUGUGCGAGUGCUGAGUUGCAAGAUAGGGCAACUUAGUAUCAGUAGUUUGUAUAAACUCCAUUGAUACGUUAGCAGUCCCUCAGCAUCGAGGAUGAGUCACUUUCCCUCCAGUUCUGUAGUUUGAGAGGUGGCUAAUGUGGAGGAACCACGGACCCUGCCAAGGGCAAGAUCAUUGGAGCUUCUUGGAGUAGGCAAGUACCAAAGGAGGUGUUGCACUCUGUCAUUUUCACUGGGCCUUCACAUGGUCCUAAACAAACAAGUUCUCAGUGCCAUCCCAAUGCCUCUUCAUUUUUCACAGCCAGAGAUUCCCACAGGUCAGUGAGGAUGUUACAUUUUUUUCUCAAGGAGAAUUUGAGCAAAUCCCUCAAAUUAUUCUCCUUGUCCUCCUGGAAAUCUCUUACCAUGAUGGACUUUCUGCUUUGAGUCUGGUUUUGGGCAUGUGAAUAAUGUGGCCCAAUCUUCAGUGAUGUCUGACUGUAAUUAGAGCCUUGAUGCUAGGCAUGUGGGCUUGGGAAAAGGACAUCAUCUUUGGUUCACUUAUCCUGCCGGUAAAUAUGGACAAGUUUGCACCAGUACCUCUCCCAUUCUUUGAGGGCCUGUUGCAGGUUGUCCAUGUAUUGAUAUUGUCAGAUUCAACACAGAAAUGGGCCCUUUGGCCCACUACAUCCAUGCAAUCUUCAAGUAGCCAUCUGCACUAACUUGGUCUAUAGCUUUCUAUGCCUUGGUAAUUCAAGUAUUCAUCUGGAUACUACUAAAAUGUUGUGCCAAUACUUGCCUCUGUGACCAACUCAGCCAAUGUGUUCUGGACUCCAACGACCCUCUGGAAGUGACCAUGCAAUUAGAUGGGGUGGUAAAGGCAGUGUAUGGCAUACUUGCCUUCAUUGGUUAGGGCAUUGAGUACAUGAAUAAGGAAGUCAUAAUGCAGUUCUAUAAAACUUUGGUUAAGCCACACUUGGAGUAUUGUGUGCAGUUCUGGUGACAUUACAUAAAGGAUGUGGAGGCUUUGGAAAGGGACAGAAGAGGUUUACCAGGAUGCUGCCUGGAUAAGAGGAUAUUAGCUAUUGGGAGAGGUUGAACAAACUUCAGUUGUUUUUCUCUGGAACGUCACAGGCUGAGGGGAGACCUGAUAGAAGUUUGUAAAAUGAUGAGAGACAUAGAUAGCGUAGACAGUCAGAUUCUUUCUCCCAGGGUAGAAAUGUCAAAUACUACAGGACAUGCAUUCAAGGUGAGGGGAGGAAAGUUUAAAGGAAGCAUGGGGCAAGUUUUUUUUUUAAAUUUACAUAAAACACACAGCAGUAGGUGUCUGGAACAGGCUGCCAGGGGUAGCGGUGGAAGCAGAUAGGAGGCUUUUUAGAUAGAUAGACAUAUGGAUCAUGUACGGGCAGAAGAGAUUUAGUUUUAAUUUGACAUAAAAAGGGCCUAUUCCUGUGCUGUACUAUUCUGUGUUCUAUAUCCUACACCUUAACGUAAGCCCUUUUGUUUUAGAUAUCAUCUACCCAAUCUAUGCCCCUCAUAAUUUUGUAUGCCUCAGCUUUAUCUGUUGGAAGGAAAACAAACCCAGUCUCUCCUCAAACCUGAAACACUCCAUCCCAGGCAAUAUCCUUGUAAACCUGUUUCCUAUAGUUACAUUGAAAGUCUUACCAGAUAGUUAAGUGCUCAAGAAUGCUGAUGUCCCAAAAAAAAGUUUUAGAACUUCAGCCAAGGACCUUAUAAUCAGGAACCAAAGUCCAAUUGUUUGGCACUCCAGUGAUCCCACCCUCAAAAUCUGAGAAACACCUUUUGGAUUUCAGUUUUUAACUUCUCACCUCUUUUGACGGGGUCUUCAAAUGAUUGCAAAAUAUUAGGUAUUCUCUGUUGUACAUGCAUUGGAAACAGUUCAGGGAAGGUUUAUUAAACACCUGGAAUGGGAGGUUGUAUUAUGCAGUAAAGUUGGAGGGGGUAGAUUUGCAUUACUUGAGUUUAGAAACAUUUAAUAUCCUGAGGGGAUUUGACAGGGUGGGUAUGGAAAGGAUGUUUUCUUUUGGCAAGAGAAUCUAAAAAUAGAGCAUCACCUAUUUAAACAGAGAUGAAGCAAAAAGUUGAGGUAGAUAAAUACUUAAUAAGUGAGGUGAUUGGUUACCAGCAGUAGGGAGGAAUGUACAGUUGAUGUUGCAAUCAGAUUCAUAAUGUCCCUAUUAGAUGGCCUACAGCAGGCAGAGAUGUAGCACCCAAUGGCAUCUCUAAAAUUCCUCCAAUUCAUUGGAAGGAUAAGUGAGCCAACAUUUUUCACCUUCCCCAGCAGAGAGGUAAAAAUGACACCCAGUCAACUCUGUUAAGUAUGCCAUGGAAUUUGCACCCCUAACACCAUACCCCAAAACAGUCAGUCUACUCAGAGCUCUAUCAUGGAAAGAGAUUAGUGGGCAGACAGAGGGAAAGAUUGUACUCAAAGUCGUCUCAGAAAUAAUGGAACAUCCCCAUUGACUCCUAGAAAAACUGGUCCAUGACUGUUCAAAGCAGAGAAGAGCAUUUGGAAUGGUAUUAAGAACCGAGUCCAUGCAUCAGGAGCACAGAGCAAUGCAUAAAUGGUAGAAAGAUCACAACACCUCACAAACAACUGACUCACCAGCCUCUUCAGGCACCUCCUACCUCAUCUGUGGAAGACUACUAAGGUAUCCUCUGAGCCAUCUCAUAUUGGGAGUGGAAUCGAAUCAGCCUCGAUCCUAGAGGACUGCCAAAGCAGAAAUCAUCAAGCAAGCUUGAGGGCCUACACCUGCUUGUAAUUCAUAUGUACUUUAAGAAUUAUAAAUCUAAUAAACUCAGUGGAUUAA